CAAGUCCAAGAACAAAGUGAGGAUACGAACUUAAUAGAUUUGCACCAUUCUUCUUCUUCUUCUUCUUCUUCUUCUUCUUAGAACUCUUUUGAAAAACCCAUGACAGUAGAGGCCAUCAGUAAUUGCCCAAAAUAUGUAGAGUAAGCGCCCUUUUGUGGAAUUUUGAAACGCAGCAGCCUUAUGGCAAUACUCUCGUCCUUGCGCCAUGCCAGACGUUCACAGUAUCGUUUUUUUCAAAGAUUCGAUAGACUUUCCUAAAAAAUGGAUUUUAUAUGGGAACCCAGUUGUGCCAAACAUCCCCUGCUGUCAAUGUGGUUAACAAGAGCUGUAUUGAAAGGAAAUUUACACAACAAAGUAAAGAAAGGUGCCCAUGAAGUUGAAACUUCAAGCAAGAAUGUAGAAAUGAGUACCUUAGAUCGAGCAUUAGCCAAGAGAUGCAAGGGACAUGGUGGGGACAUGACAAAACCCAACGAUGAAGGGGUGCUUGAGUUGGAAGAUUGCUCUGAAGAUGAGACGAGUUCCUUGAGUGGACUAUUCCACUGGCAAAUGGAGAACCAUGAGAAUGUUUUGGCAGCUAGUUGGCAAGGGAUUCUUACUACUGUGAAGUCAGAUUCUGCAGGAAGUAAGGAGGAAUUGCACAGUUCACCAAUCAACUACAUACUAAGGAAUGAGAAACCAAUGAUGUGGGUAGACGAAGAUGAUUUACACACAGUGAAUACCAUUUUGGAUGAGCGCGGGUCACUUUGUAUUGAUCAAGCUAAUCCACCAUCCCUCACAAAGUUUUUAAAAACAAUUGGAAAAUACUUGCAGUUCCCUCCACGAGUUGUUUUGGUUGGCGAUGUAAUACGUUUGGACGAUGAUAAGGUAGAUCUUGCUAGAAAAGAGCUGAGUGACAUGAUAUAUUCAGAAAAAGAUACAGUAAAGCGAGCAAGUCAUCCUGUCACCAAUAUUCUAAGCUCUUCAGGAGGCAUUUUGAAUGCAAGGGUUGAUGAUCUACAACUGUUAUCAAAGAAGCAUGAUACAUCAGCUAUAUUUGAAUUUAACAUAAGGUCGGUUAGUUAUCUCGAUAUUAUGGGGAAUGAAAAUGAAAUCAAUGUGAAGCUUAUCGACAUAACUCCCAUGGACCCUCUUUCACCUUUUUUUGAGCCACUACUUGAAGGGAUUAAUCGGAGUGAGGCAAGGCGCCGUGGUUUGAUGCUUUUUUGCUCUGUAUAUUUAAAUGUUAAUGCUAGGGAUGCUUUAAUGCUUUCUGUUGAUCGAAUGGGUUUUGAUUUGCUUGCCAAAGUUUCUUCUGCACUCAUGAAUGAUGCAUCAUCAUCCCAGUACCAGUGGAAAGAUUACAAUUUUUCAUUUGGAAGAGAAGUUGAAGAUAUUGAAACAUUUUGUCGACUACUUGCAAAGAUGGAAGAAGAAGCUCUGAAGAAAGUGUCAGGCAUUAUUAUAUAGUUCUCUUUUGUAGUUUUGAUCUGCUAUAAGUGUACUUAUAUCCUCUAAUUUACUCAAGAUCCACAAACCCAUAAAUUAGCUAUAUAGAACGGAUACAUGAGAAACAUGAUCCAGACAGUAUCUCUUUCUUGUCUGCACAUGCUUCAAGAAAUCUUCAUCCUCCCAGCCCUAUUAGGGAUUAGUAUCUUCAUGAAAAGGAUCUUUUCCAUUGUUAAAAUUAGUUUGGCUAUUAAAUCAUUUGUCUGUGGGAGAUCCUUAAGUUCGUACAUCUAUGGAUACAAAAUAUUUAUGUGAAAAGCUCAAAGUUGUUUGAAGCCCUAUUGGGUCAUUUACUCUUCUUAUCUUUGGUUAGACUGGAGAUGGAUCAUGUGGGCUUUUUAGUGGAUAUCAUUUAUCAUUUAUUACAGGACUACAAAUGAAUUUUGGAACUAUAUAUUCAAUUGGGAAGAGUACAUUUUGUUUUACAAAAGUCUAAAUUCCAUGGUGUUAUAGUAUUUGGAUUCUGAUUUGCUCUCCACUGUUACAAUCUUGCAAAUCUCCUAAAUUUUUGCAACCAGCUUAGUGGCUGAUUCUUGAGUUUGACUAAGAUCAUUUGUACCAAGAACAAACUCUAAAAGUGAGCUUGUUUCCAUCUUA